AUGAUCACUAUAAGUGAUGAGAGGAGUGUAGAGGAAGCACCCACGCAAACAGAAUAUCUCCAAGACAUUCCAAAGGAAAAUCAUGAAGAAAGAAACUAUACACCCCAGCACAUACACAAGGAGGAGCUAAAAAAAGGGGAGACCCUGAACCUAUAUGCACCCUUUCCCCAGAGGCUAAAAGGUGGUGUAGCAAGGAGAAUGUAUUUAAGAUUUCUCGACAUGUUUUCAUCUCUUGAUGUAAAUAUACCAUUCAUUAAGGCCCUCCAGCAAAUGCCCUUCUACAUCAAGUACAUAAAGGAGCUGCUGGCCAAAAAGAGUUCAUUGAAGGGUGGACAAACAAUAAAGAUGAACAGGGAGUGCAGUGCUCUCAUCCAAACAGAGCCACCUACAAAGAAGAAGGAUCCAGGGAGUUUCCACAUUCCCUGUGCUAUAGGAGAGACAAUGAUUGAUAAGGGGCUCUGUGACCUGGGAGCAAUAGGAGUGGUAGAGAACGUGUUAGUGAAGGUUGGGAACUACUUCCUACCCACGGACUUUGUUAUCUUGGAAAUGGAAGAGAAUCCCAUCCAUCCCAUCAUCCUGGGAAGGCCAUUUUUAGCCACAGCCAAGGCGCUUAUAGAUGUGGAGCGAGGAGAGCUAGUAUUGAGGAUACACGAAGAACAGCUCACCUUCAACGUUUUCAAACCAUCACAAGAAGUAGAUCAUGAUAACGAAGAGUCAAAGGAAGAGCACAAUAAGGGGUUGAUAGAAGAGGUAAGCAUGAGAGCACAAGCACCACACCUGAAAAUCCCCAUUGGUGACAACUAA